AUGGUGGUGUGGAGGGAUUUUCGAGACCUCGAAACUCAAGAUUUUUUACGUUUCGAGUUCCCAUCAACAAAUGUAUACCAACCAUAUCUAUUAUAUCACCAUCACCAGUACCCAAAGAAACAAGUAAGUUCUCCUUUGGGUCCAUCUGAUCAAGACUAUGUCAACAUAUCAUGGCCAGGCUUUGAUUAUACGAUCAGUGGAAACACAAGUAUCAAUGUUGUAGGCUCUGGUACCGGUUUCGAGGUAUGGGUUCCUGCUCGAAACGAUACCUUUCAAUUUACAGUGUGCGUUGCAAGAACCUGUAGCAAAACAUUGAACCUCCUCUCAAUGGCACCUUUUGUUUAUUCUGCUACACCAGCCAUUGCAAACAGAGAACAACUCAUAACCAUAUACGGGUCUAAUUUUUGGAAUGAUACAUCUACUUCCUUUGUUCAAAUUGGCAAUAGUAUUGAUUGUCCCAUCAUAUCGAUCAACAAUACAAUUGUUGUAUGUAAAUUCCCUUCAUCACCUUUCCAACCAGGUGGUCAUUACAUCAACGUCCAUGCAUCUCUAUACGAAGCUGUCGAAAACUCUGCCUUUUUGUUUGUUGAUCAAGGACUAUGCAACUGUUCCUCUAAUGGAGUUUGUGGUGAAAGUGGAUGUGUAUGUAAUGAUGGUUAUUCAGGCCCAUCUUGUUCAAAUGUAAUAAUUGAAUCAAAUCAUACAAGUGGAAAUGAUUCAUCAUCAUUGAUUACAGGUGGUGAUUUAUCUGGUAGUAUUACAGUGGUUGGUAUAAGAGAAAUUGAUGUGGAUGGCAAUAUUGUAGUAUUUCAUUUAUUUCAAGAUUGGCAAAGUAUUGUUAUCAAUGAUACCAACCGAAACAUGUCUGGUAUUGACCAUAGUAUUACAUUCAACAAUGCAUCGUCAACCGUUAUUUACAAUACAAAGAUAGUAAAUGCUGAUAUUACAAAUGUGACAGUAUACGUGCAAUGGUUUAACAAAUCGACCACUAUCCAAUAUAACAAUGCAACCGUUCAAAUUGGAGACAAUACAUUAAAGUAUUCAAUUGGAAUGACAAAAUACAGCUUUACCAAUCAUCUAAACACCCUACAACUCGUAAUCAAGGCAUCGAUAGCAGCAGAUUUAAAUCUACAAAAUGUCACCGAUUGUGAUGGAAAUACCAAACCACAGGAAAUGAUAGAGACUAGUGCUGGAAAGGCUACCGAUCUUGGUUCGGUACAAUGGAUCAAAAUUAAAGCCAACAAUACAUCAUUUUAUGGUCGAUUUAUAAAGACUGGUAUCAUUGACUCCAAAUCAACAGUCAUUACCAAUGUUUUUCUAACAGGUUUCAAUGAUACAAAUAGUCAAGGAACGUUAAUACCAACAAAUGAUUUAAAUGAUAAAUUUGUUGCUUUAAAUAUUCCAAAUUAUAAGACUGAUAUUUUAUUGGAUCCUGAUUUCAUGGUAAUUCUUGAUUCAAAUUCAGAUCAAAAUGAUCAAAUAGAAUGUUCAUCAAAUGGAGGAUUAACAACGACCAAAAUCAUAGGUAUUGCAAUUGGAUCAGCAGCAGCAUUUAUUAUUAUUGUUCUUGUAGCAGUAUACAUUUUCAAAAUUAAAUUUUAUCGUGAAGGCAAAAUGAUGAAGAUGGCUAGAAUGAACCCAAAUAAUACAAAUGAUCCCUAA